CAGGAAGAGAGAUUUUGAUUUUCUUCUCUCUCUUUCUUUUCUGGGAUCACAAAGUCAAAACCAGCGAUGGCAUCGGUAGCAAAGAAUUGCCUUCAACUGUAUCUGACGCAGCUCCACCAACAUCCUUUGAGAACCAAAGUGAUAACGGCAGGAGUGAUUUCGGCGAUUAGCGAUAUCACGGCGCAGAAGCUCACUGGCAUCAAGAAACUUCAAAUCAGACGCCUUCUUCUCAAAGUGGUGUUGUUGGAGCAACUGACGUCUUCACCGUUGAACAACUUGGUUUUCAUGCUAUACUAUGGAUUAGUCAUCGAGGCGAGGCCAUGGCUUCAAGUGAAGUCCAAGAUCAAGAAGGAGUUUCCAACGGUGCAGUACACAGCAUGGACGUUCUGGCCGGUUGUCGGAUGGGUUAACCACCAGUAUAUACCGCUGCAUCUUCGUGUUGUUUUUGGAAGUACUGUUGGCUUCUUCUGGGCUAUAUUCAUGAAUCUGAGAGCUAAGUCCAUGGCCAUAAAGAAAAGUUAAGCUUGUGUAACAGCAACAUAUAUGUAUUCUGCAAGUUCUCUCCGACGACUGUUAGUGUUGUAUGGGUAUGAUUUUAAGUAUGACAAUUUUAAAAUAAACUCUCAACUUUUAUCUUGUGAUUUAUAUGAGAAAAUUAUUUGCAAUCCA